AUGUAUAAGCAGAUACCUAUUGCCGGCACCGAGGUUGAGAAGGCUCCAAUCCGGGCCGCGCAGGCGGUCAAGUCGCAUGAGCCUACAGAGUUAACCACUUUUAAAUUCCUCGAACAGAAGGGCUGCGAUGUUAUCCCUCGCCUGCUUGGAUAUCAAUCCGACCAACAAGACGGAGACGAUACCAUCCCCGGGGGGACUAUCACGACGGUUAAAGCCUGCGGGUACCUCCUAGGUACUGGUAUGCGCAAGAUCAUAUACGACUGGCCCACCAAAACGAUGCACCUAUCGGGAUUAUCCAGCCCGACUCGUACUACCGACGGCACUCAGUGGUCGGAUAGUAUCUACGUUAACUAUGGACUUGUUCGGCCACCUACGGGUAUGGACCAGUUCUUUCCUAUCCGCAGCGUGGAUUUGCAGUAUGCUGACAAGGGUUGGAUAUGCUAG